GGUGGCGAGUAACCCUUGAGGCCUGGCUAGUAGCUCAGGACUUGAAAAUUUGAGCCCUGCCUUUAGUGUCCAUUUAGUGACUGUCUCUAUGGUUAAUGUGAUGUUCUAAUUUAUCUUUUUUUUUUUUGGUUUUUAUUACAGAAGAACCUUCUCUGGAUCAGAUGGCACCUACAACAGAAAUUCCUAGUGGAUCAAAUUUCUUUUCCAAAAUUAAGAAGUUCUUUUCUGAUGAGAAGGCCGAACCGGAACCAGAAACGGACAUGUCUGAGGACUAUACUACAGAAGAAUCUUCUCUGGACCAGAUGGCACCUACAACAGAAAUUCCUAGUGGAUCAAAUUUUUUUUCCAAAAUUAAGAAGUUCUUUUCUGGUGAGAAGGGCGAGCCGGAACCCGAAACGGGCAUAUCUGAGGACUAUGCUACAGAAGAACCUUCUCUGGACCAGAUGGCACCUACAACAGAAAUUCCUAAUAAAGAACCUUCUCUGGACCAGAUGGCACCUACAACAGAAAUUCCUAAUGAAGAACCUUCUCUGGACCAGAUGGCACCUACAACAGAAAUUCCUAAUGUUAUGGUAGAAACGUUAGAGGAGGCAACAGCAGCUAUCAUCUCUGGGUAUUUGGAAUACAGGAGAAUUUGCUAUUCUAUAGCGACUGUCUUGGCAGUGGUCAUCUUCAUCUUAUGUUUGCUGGCCUUCUGCUGCUUUCAACGACAACGACGUCAACGGCGUCAACGGCUGAAGCUACAGAUACCGAUUGAUGAAUAUGAGGAGAAGUUCGAGAAGCUUUGGGCUGAGGAAAAUAAUAUAAAAGAAAAGGCUGAGACUAAAGACUCUUCAGUUCUUCGGUUCAUCAGAAAAGUACUCUCAUUCGUCCGUGGCAAGAUUACAACCUCUACUGGGCCGGAGGGCACAGUGCCGGUUGGGCGGAAGGGCACAGUGCCGGUUGGGCGGAAGGGCACAGUGCCGGUUGGGCGGAAGGGCACAGUGCCGGUUGGGCGGAAGGGCACAGUGCCGGUUGGGCGGAAAGGCACAGUACCGGUUGGGCGGAAAGGCACAGUGCCGGUUGGGCGGAAGGGCACAGUGCCGGUUGGGCGGAAGGGCACAGUGCCGGUUGGGCGGAAGGGCACAGUGCCGGUUGGGCGGAAGGGCACAGUGCCGGUUGGGCGGAAGGGCACAGUACCGGUUGGGCCGAAGGAAACAGUGUGAGGUGGGUAGGAUUGCAAAGUACAGGUUGAGCAGGAGGGCACAGGGUGGGGUUGGUAGGAUGGCACAAUACGGGACCAGUAGGAGAGGACAGUACAGGGUGGGCAGGGGGGCACAGUGAAAGGCGGGUAGGAUUGCACAGUACAGGUUUAGCAGGAUGGCACAGGUAGGAGGACACAGUACAGGGUGGGCAGGGAGUCACAGUACCAAGGGGUCGGAGGGCACAGUAUAUUUGGGGGUGCCUGGAGGGCACAGUAUUAG